AUGCGUGAACGGAGAAAUAAGCUCAAUGCAUCCUCGCUUCGUAUCGAUUUUCGACCAUUCAUUCGAUUGUUGCUAAACGCUGAGAGAAGCCUUGUGGUCAGCCCCGCGCAGCCCCAGCCGCAUGCAAAGCCUUGUCUCUUGUGUUUCAAUUUCUUAAGAGUAGUUGAUCUUGGUGUCAUCAACGGUUCCCAACACGCUCGCAAAGUGAAAGCUGCCCCCAAGCGAGAAUCGAGUCUCGAAGAUAAAAUUCUCGACCCUCUCACAGCCUUGGGCCUUGCGUCGAACAUCGUCCAGACCGUCCAGUUUACAAGUGACCUCAUCUCCAAGAGCCGAGAAUAUCACGUUGAUGGGUCGUUGGUCAAACAACUAGAGCUGGAAGCAAUAACUGUCAACCUUCGAACACUUAGCCAAGAUCUUGUUGUCCCUGGCAGUGGUGGAGUACGAGCGGCAAAGACGGAACGACAACUCAGAGAGCUCUGCAUAGGAUGUCAAGAAGUGUCGGACGAGCUGCUAGUUACUGUUCAGUCUCUGAAAGUACGGGGCUUCCAUAACACAUGGACCUCUUUUCGUCAAGCCCUGAAAAGUGUAUGGAAAGAAGAAAAGAUAAAGACUUUAGAAGAGCGUCUUGAACGUUACAGGCGCCAAAUCGAUACCACGCUAUUGAUAUCGAUCAGAGAGGGCAUCGAUAGAAGUAUCAAUAGCCUAUCAAAAUCAGAGCGGGACUGUAAGCAAAUCGCCUUUGCGCCUGAUUCUGGGAAUGGAGUCAAACAAUGGCAAUCGGAACUACUCAAUAAAGUGCACCAGAGCGAUUGGAAUCUACAUGCAGAGAGGCGCAUGAUACAAUUCUCAACUAGACUGUCAGCUAGCGCGAUGAAAGAUAGAGACGAUCUGAUCAAGCAGCAAAUUCUUGCAAGGUUGCAUUUCGACAGCAUCAACGAUCGUGCCGAGCGUAUCCCAAAAGCACACCAAAACACUUUCGACUGGAUCUUCCAUGCUCCCGAAUCUUCACAUGAUUUGGCUAGUCACGUUUCUGGCAAUCUUACCUCCGAUAUGGGGACGACUCAGCCUUCUUCGGCUCGUUCUGCUGUCUACCCGUUGUGGGCAGGCUGGUAAAUCAGUCAGUCAGUCAGUCAUCAGUCGA